CUCUUCUUCUGCUUCUUCUUCUUCUUCCAUCAAUAUUGAAAAUGCAGCUUUUUAAAUUUCUCUCGAAAACCCAAUCUUCUUCCCGUCUGGUAAACGUCAUUUUGAUCUCAUGCUCUGUUUGUGUCACCUAUCUUCUUGCAUCAGUGUUGCUAGUCCACAACUUAAAGCUGCCUUUACAUGUAUAUUCCCCUUCCCAAGAUGCUUAUUUAACUACUACUGUGGAGCAUAUUGUUUUCGGGAUAGCUUCAAACCAGAAUUCAUGGCCAAAGCGAAAGGAGUAUGUUAAGCUAUGGUGGAAGCCUCGUCAAAUGCGUGGAUGUGUGUUCCUUGAAAGCAAGCCCCCUAAUGUACCUUCAAGGGAUGAUAACGGUACUCUGCCUCCAAUAUGUAUCUCGGAGGACACUUCAAGGUUUCGCUACACUUACAGAGGUGGUCUCCGAUCAGCAAUUCGCGUGGCACGGGUAGUUUUAGAGACCGUUGCCCUUAAUCAUUCUAAUGUACGAUGGUAUGUUUUUGGGGACGAUGACACAGUUUUCUUUCCAGAGAAUUUGGCAAAGACGCUUUCCAAAUAUGAUCAUCGGCUUUGGUACUACAUCGGGGCUGGCUCGGAGAUUUAUGAACAGAACAGGGUUUUCGGGUUUGGAAUGGCAUUUGGUGGAGCAGGUUUUGCUAUAAGUUAUCCUCUGGCUAAAGUUUUGGCAAAAGUUUUUGAUUCCUGUAUAGAACGAUAUCCUCAUCUUUAUGGAAGUGAUUCCAGGGUCUACUAUUGCUUGACAGAGCUAGGUAUAGGAUUGACACGCGAGCCUGGCUUUCAUCAGUUUGAUGUCCGGGGAAAUACAUUUGGUUUGUUGGCUGCCCAUCCAUUGACGCCCUUGGUAUCAUUCCAUCACAUAGAUCACAUGGACCCAAUCUUCCCAAACAUGACAACUACUAAGGCUAUGGAACAUUUAUUUCAUGCUGCAAAUGUUGAUUCUCAGAGAAUUUUGCAACAAACAGUCUGCUAUGAUCGUUGGUUUUCAUGGACAAUUUCGGUUUCAUGGGGUUAUGCUGUUCAAGUAUAUAGCAAACACAUAUUUUUACCAGAUGUUCUCCCUGUGCCAGAAACAUUCAGGCAGUGGAAAACUGGAAACUUUUUAGCAGGAGUGUACACUUUUAACACGAGAGAAUUUCACCCAGAUCCUUGCCAGAGACCCACCAUUUUCUUUUUUGACAGUUUAUCUUCUAGUAAGCACGGAAUUAAGAGUGUUUACAAGAAAUCCUAUGAAAAUUGCACACUGUACAUGGGUUCACCAAGGAAACUUGAAGAAAUUAGAGUCUCCACUAAGAAGCUAGACCUCAAUUAUAAUCAGGCACCGAGAAGGCAUUGUUGCGAUGUGUCACCUUCUACAUCGGGCGAACUUUUGGACAUGGAAAUAAGGGAAUGCAGUGAAGAUGAACUAAUUUACAUGCAUGCUUAG